GCAAAAUGGAAGGGUGUAGGUGGCAUCGAAAACACCAUGGUCAACGUUAAAAAUUAAUAAGAAAAAUGAAAUAAUGUCAGCUGCAGAACAGAGACAGCUUCCAUACAAAGUAUGGAGCUGCAAUCGAGAAACGAGGAAAGCAGUUAUGGCAUCUUCUCUUUCAGACCUCAGAGUGAAAGGUGCAGAAAAACUAGGUUACAACAACCCUUCCGAGCUCAAAGUGGUGCUAGAAAGUGAUGGAACGGAGGUUGAAGAUGAGAAUUACUUCAAAACAGUGGAAAAGGAUACAAUCUUUAUCCUGCUCCGUCCUGGUGAACGGUGGUUUCCUCCUAGCAUGGAAACACUGCGAGCAGCCAUCACAGCGAUUCCUCGAAUUGUAUGUGAAGCUAUAAACAGUCUGGAGUUGGUGGAUAAGCAACCAUCAUGGAAGAUUAUGGAUAACAAGGGCCGUAUUACAGUUGUAUUAAACUGGGAUCAGCGAGAUACCCACAGGCCACCGGGCCACCAGCCGUCCAGCAGGCAGGGUCCCAUGUGGAGGGUAGAAGUGACAUCACAAGAAGCCCAGACUGCUGACCAAACCACUGCCGGCACCAAAGACCUCUCAGCUCAGAGAGGAGCUCGUGCCAAACUCAGUCUAGAAGGCUUGGGACCCAGGCCUCCUUCUCGUACGCUGCCAAAAAAACCUCCGGAAAAGGAAAAUGAAGAUCUGCCAGAAGAAGAAGUUGCUGCUGGCCCUAGUGGAGUUGAUGUACAACGGAAAGCAGGAAAAGGUCAUGUUCGUUUCUUGAACGUUACACAAGAGUCAAAAAUUCCCCAACUGGAUGAAUCUGAGUCAGACACAGAAAAUACUGCUUAUGAGGAGGAACAACUCUCUGAACGUUACCUUUUACUAAUGGACCAGCUGUCAUUAGAACAAAAUCGCCACUUGUCUGUGAAGGAUAUUGGUGUUAUUUUAGAACGAUUAAGCUCUAAAAUAGUAGAUGUAGACAAACUAGAACGGGAGAAAGAAAGUACUGAAGUGUACAACUGGACAAUCAAAGCAACCAUCCGUGGAGAAGUGCUUCGGGAGAUUGGAGUUAUCUAUAAUGGACAAUAUUAUGGAAUAAUGGAGCAUCCAGGAUAUUUUUGAUUGAUAUUCUUAGUUAACACUAAGAAAUCUUUUCUACUAAUUAGUGGUGCUUGGCUUUUGAGUGUCCUGCAGCUUGGUGCUGUUGCUUAUGAAGUAUCCACCUUGUUCACUCACUGGAAAAGGCUCAUCAGAGGGUUCUGUAUCACCUCCUGUACAAAAUCCACCAGAACGUCUAUAGGAAGUUGUGCAAAUGUAUGAAAAAUAUUCCUUGAAUUUAACAUUUC